GACAACAGAGUCUCUUUUGUAAUGGGGAAGGAUUAUGGCAUCAAGUGACCGGCUGCAGCUCCCAAGUGGGUUUCAGGCUCCUUAGCACACCGUGUCUGUCAGGUCCAAUCCCCCCCAUGAGCCAAGGGGGCACGAGGAGGCGGGACGUGGCGUGGGCCACAAAGCACCCAGCGAGGACACGUGUGGGAGCAAACCUCCACAGCCUCCAGCACAGCUCAGGACUCCAUCACUGAGCUGUGAUGACUGUGACCUACACCAACCGCGUGGCUGACGCCCGCCUGGGCACCUUCUCACAGCUCCUGCUCCAAUGGAAGGGAAGCAUCUACAAACUUCUCUACUCUGAGUUCCUUAUUUUCAUCUCUCUCUACUUCACCAUCAGUCUUGUCUACAGGCUGAUCCUGAGUGAGAGCCAGAGGCUGAUGUUUGAGAAGCUGGCACUCUACUGCAACAGCUAUGCUGAGCUAAUCCCCGUGUCCUUUGUGCUGGGUUUCUACGUGGCUCUGGUGGUGUCCCGCUGGUGGGCUCAGUACGAGAGCAUCCCCUGGCCCGACCGCAUCAUGAACCUGGUGUCCUGCAACGUGGAUGGGGAGGACGAGUACGGGCGGCUGCUGCGCCGCACGCUGAUGCGCUACAGCAACCUCUGCAGCGUCCUGAUCCUGCGCUCCGUCAGCACCGCCGUCUACAAACGCUUCCCCAGCAUGGAGCACGUCGUCAGGGCAGGUCUCAUGACACCAGAAGAGCACAAGAAGUUUGAGAGCUUGAAUUCCCCCCACAACAAGUUUUGGAUCCCCUGUGUGUGGUUCUCCAACCUGGCUGUGAAGGCAAGGAACGACGGGAGGAUCCGGGACAGCGUGCUGCUCCAAGGCAUCCUGAAUGAGCUCAACACCUUGCGCAGCCAGUGCGGGCGGCUCUAUGGCUACGACUGGAUCAGCAUCCCCCUGGUCUACACUCAGGUGGUGACCGUGGCUGUUUACAGCUUCUUCCUGGCCUGUCUGAUUGGGAGGCAGUUCCUGGACCCAGAGAAAGCCUACCCUGGCCACGAGCUGGAUCUCUUCGUGCCUGUGUUCACGUUUUUGCAGUUCUUCUUCUAUGCUGGCUGGUUAAAGGUGGCCGAGCAACUCAUCAACCCCUUUGGGGAGGACGAUGAUGACUUUGAAACCAACUGGCUCAUCGACAGGAACCUGCAGGUCUCCCUUAUGGCAGUGGAUGAGAUGCAUCAGGAUUUACCCAUUCUGGAGAAGGAUCUGUACUGGAACGAGCCUGAUCCCCAGCCACCCUACACCGCAGCCACUGCCGAGUACAAGAGGCCGUCCUUCCUUGGCUCAACUUUUGACAUCAGCAUGCAGAAAGAAGAGAUGGAGUUCCAGCCCCUGGAGCAAAUCAAAGAGAAUGAGGAAGCCAACCACUCCACACCAUUACUGGGACACCUGGGUCGCCUCCUUGGUGUCCAGUCGCCGAGCUUCUCCAGGUCCUCUUCCCGGAUGAACCUGCUGCGCAGGCGAGGAGACCCCACGUCCCCCUUCUCCCAUUACACCUAUCAAGACAUGGGCAAACCUGGGAGCCCUUGCAGCAUCAGCCAGCCCAGGGGAGACUCCACCUCACAGGAGCAGUGGGACAGCGAGGACAGAAAGCUGAGGGACUUUGACGCCUUCAUGUCGACGCCGUUCUACGAGCGGCCUGGUUUCUACAGCGCUCCGCAGACCCCCAUCAGCUCCAUCCCCAUGAUCUUCCCCUCCAGGCGCCAGGGCCGCAAGAAGCCUCCUGCCCUCUCCAGCAUCGCUGCCUGCUCCACUUCCCUCAGGGAUGUCAUUGCCAGCUCCUCACCUUCCCGAGCCAGUGAUGUCUACAAGAGCCAGAGCUCCCUGGGCUCUGCUGCCAAGGAGACCUUUGUUUGGCCGACGGAUCGCAGCAAAGGUCCUGACGCGCUGCCUGGGACGGUGGAAGGAAGGAGCAACUCCAACGGUAGAGGCAGAGAAGCUGCCGCCACAGCAAGCCCAGGAGCCCAGUCCACAGCAUCAGGCAGCCCUAAAUUCCCCUUCCUAGCAGAAUCCCCAGACCAUGAGAAGCAGGGAAGCUUCAAGAGUCUGAAGAGCUUGAAAGCUUCCCACCCACCCUGGCUGACCCUGGAGAACACAGCAUCAGCCACCCCCAAUUCAGAGCACUCCAGUGCCUUUCACACCCCCAGUAACAAAACCCCUGGGGGCAGCACCUCCCUCUGCUUCUCCUUCACUCCUGUAACAUCUCCAGUGCUGGAGAGAUCCCACAUGGCAAACAUGGGCCCUGACACUUGCAGCCUCAGUUUAGAAGACGCAGCCAGCGCUCCAGACCAGCUUCCAGCAGAGAUGUCCAGGAACACAAGGGAUACUGGAAAUGGAAGCUCUAAUACACCCCCCACAAAAGAGCCAAGCAGAGCAGAGAGUCCAUCCCCCAAUGACUCUGGCAUCUCUCUAGCUGAAGGUGACUACGUGGGGCUGAUGGAAGUGAUCAUGGAGACCAGUGAAAGCACAUGUGAAGAGCAGCUAGAUCACUACAGCUAGAGGAGACCAAGAGGCACACACAGUUCCAUGGAGAUACCUGCUGUGUGAUACCACUGUGUCUCCACACCUGGCCACCCUGGCACCCACCCAAGCAGGCCACUGCAGCCAAACAUCUGCUGCCAGAACAUGCACAGCUGGAGCUCAGCCUAGGCUCCAGCCAGCACCAACACACUGCUGCUGGCCUCAGGGACAGUAGCAGGCACAACUUCAGCGUUGCAACCACAAAACAAACUCCUCUAGAUUGGUAGCAAAACAAGACUUGGGAGUGUGAAGUAUUGCAGAUACCAAACAGCUCAGCAGGUACCAGCCUGAAGAACCUGGGGUGCAGCUGUAGCCCCAAAAGAGCAAUAUGGUUAACAAGGAGCCUGACCCCUCCUCACCACAGAAAGAAUUGGAGCUUGAG